UAUUGAAGUUUCAUAGCAGUUCGCUGGCAAGCCACACCGAGAAAUCGAGUUCAUCUUGUAAUAAUUGCAGAAUAUCGGCAAAAACAAGAAGCAGCAACCCCAAAUAUAAGUCAAAAAGUGUUUUGAAAACAUUGAACGGGAAAACGGCCGGGCGAGCGUGAUUAUCUUCAAAGUUUCGUGAUUUCGCAGGCAUUCAACAUUUUCAAGCUCGUGUGACAUCCCCAGCGAGAGGAGUUUCCUUGGAACGAUGGAUUUUAAUAUGGAGUGGAAUGUGAUUUGCCGUGUCUGCCUGCAGGAGGGCGACAUGAGAUCGCUGUACGACCGGGACGACAAGGACAUGUUGGUCUGUGAUAAGAUUAUUAAAUGCGCCAAUAUCACGAUAAAGCGCGGUAUGAAUCUCCCAGAACAAAUAUGCAACAAAUGCUACAACGAUUUAGAAAUUGCCUACAGAUUUCGCACAAAUUGUGAAAGUGCCGAUGCAAUUCUCCAGUCAUUCAUCGAUGGUAACGUUGUGACUGAUUUAAUAAUGUCGUCGGAAAAUGGAGAAGUUUACAAAUACAAGCCACCACAAGGACUAAAUGUGAAACGAAUACGACCACUGCCAGUCAAAUUAGAGCCGUCUAGUGAUGGAGAGGAUCAACACAUCGAUAACAUCAUCGUGGAAAAUGGUUUCUUAGAUGGUGAAUGCAAUGAACAAGAAGAAUAUAUCGAGGAAAUGAAGGACGACAGAGAGGAUGCUAUUGAAAAAUUGAUAAUUGAGAACUAUGAAAUGGACGACAAAAAUAUUUGCACUAUGAGACCAGUGAAAACAAACAAAGCCAGAUCGAAAGCUGCAGCCAACAAGAAUAAAUUGAAAGUGGUUCACGCACAAGCGAUAACCACCAAACCAGACGGCACAACCAUCAUUCGUUACCGUAAAAAUGUAGAGGAGCAAAAGCCCUUGAAAAUCUGUGAGAUCUGUGGAAACACCUACAAAUAUAAACAUGCGUUGGAAAGCCACAUGAGGCGGCAUCGAAAUGAGAAACCAUUUUCCUGCGAGAUUUGUGGACGAGCGUUUGUUAUCAAUUUUGAACUUCGGCGUCAUAUGCGAACACACACUGGUCAGAAACCGUACGCUUGUCGAUUUUGUGGUCGAAAGUUCUCAGAUUUUGGAAGUCGAAUUAAACAUGAACGAACCCACACCGGCGAGCGACCAUACACCUGCGAAACCUGUGGAAAAUCCUUUGCAUACUCUCACGUACUUUCAAGUCAUAUUCUAACUCACACAGGAGAGAAACGAUUCGCUUGUUCUAUGUGCGGAAAACGAUUCACAAAAUCUCAUCAUCUCAAAGCCCACUUGAAUACUCACAUGAAAAACUCAAAUAAACACGCCAACUUCCUGCAAGCCACAGCUACCACUACGACAAAGGAAAUCCUCGAACCAACGGAAACACAAAUCAUCUAUGAAACGGCGCCGGAUGACAAAGUCUAUGGGGAAGUGUUGGCCGCGUUGAAUGAUCAACAAAAAAUUGAAGAAUUCGUUGACGAGGAAGAUGUAAAAGUUUUGAUUUCAGAAGAAGAGCAUCGACACGCCAUCGAUUCUAUAAAUAUUCACACAUAAAAUUGGCUUUUUUAAGUUAUUCCUGUGCAUAUGUGAUCGAUGUUCUGAAGCUAUUGUGAUUGGAUUCCAAUAAAUAUUAUUGCUGUUAUUGUUCAA